AUGGCGACAGUGUUCAUCAGCAAGAGCGGCAAGAGCGCGACCAGCUCUUCGACCGUGUCCCUCAGCGACAUUCCUGAGCUGGGAGCGCCGAUCAACGAGCGGCAGUCCAUCUUUCAGCGACGUACCAAGGUGGACAAGGAAGCAAUCGCGACGCAGCAGAGCGUGUUUGACGACCCGUCCACCUUGGAGAAGUACUACCCGAAGCAGACAUGGGAAAACUAUCACCGGUUUGAUCCCUUGUUUCGCUGGACAUGGGGCGAGGAGUCCAAGCUCGUGUGGAAGCUCGACCUCCGCAUCAUGGUCUGGGCCUGCAUCAUGUUCAUGGCGCUGGAGCUGGACCGGGCCAACAUCCUGCAAGCGCUGACGGACAACUUUCUCAACGAUCUUCAUCUGACCACGGAUGACUACAACCUCGGCACAACCGUCUUCCGGCUCAGCUUCCUCUGCGCCGAGCUCCCCUCGCAGCUCGUCUCCAAGUGGCUGGGCCCGGACCGCUGGAUCCCGCUGCAGAUCUGCCUCUGGAGCCUCGUCGCCGGCGGCCAGUUCUUCCUCAGCGGGCGCUCCUCCUUCCUGGCCACGCGCGCCCUCAUCGGCAUCCUCCAGGGCGGCUUCAUCCCGGACAUCAUCAUCUACCUCUCCUACUUUUACAAGCACGCAGAGCUCACCAUACGCCUCGGCUUCUUCUGGACCGCGCUCAACCUCGCAGACAUCCUGUCCGCGGCGUUCGCCAUCGGCCUGCUCAACAUGCGCGGCCUCGCGGGCCGGGCCGGUUGGCGGUGGCUGUUCUUGAUUGAGGCGCUGCUCACCCUUGUCAUCGGCGUGCUUUCCUGGUUGUUGAUGCCGCCGGGCCCGUGCCAGACGGCCAGCUGGUUCCGGGGCAAGUCGGGCUGGUUCUCGGAGAAGGAAGAAAAGAUUAUUGUCAACAGGGUGCUCAGAGAUGACCCGAGCAAGAGCGACAUGCACAACCGCGAGCCCGUGACGCCGCGGCAGUUGUGGAAGAGCUUGAAGGACUACGAUCUCUGGCCGAUAUAUGCCCUGGGUCUCGUCUUCAUGAUCCCGAUGAACCCUCAGGGGAUGUACCUCACCAUCUCGCUCCGCGGCCUGGGCUUUAGCCGGAGCCAGUCCAACCUGCUCACCAUCCCUUCCACUGUGAUCCAAUGCUUCACAAUGCUCGGCUUGACGUACCUGGCGGAGCGCGUGCGCAACCUCUCCCUGGUGGCCAUGCUGGGACAGGUCUGGGCGCUGCCCUUUGUCAUCUACGUCAACGUCGUCGACACGGCUACUGUUAACAAAUGGGUCAUGUUUGCCGUCAUCACCCUGCUUCUGGGCUAUCCCAGCUCCCAUCCCAUCCAGGUGGCCUGGACGUCGCGCAACUCCAACACGGUGCGGUCCCGGACCGUUUCCGCCGCGACGUACAACAUGUUUGUGCAGGGUUGCUCCAUCAUCUCCGCCAACGUGUAUCGCGCCGACGACGCGCCGCUGUACCAUCGCGGCAACAAGGCCAUCCUAGGCGUCGUGUGCAUGAACAUCACGCUGUACGUGCUAACCAAGCUGUACUACGUAUGGCGCAACAAGUCGCGCGACGACAAGUGGCGGGCCAUGACGGAGGAGCAGAAACUGCAGUACUUGUCCAACCCGCCGCACCAGGGCAACAAGAGGCUAGACUUUCGGUUCGCUCAUUAG